AUGCCACCCUACGCAACGUCCUCGCUCGCCUCGAUUAUUCUACCUAAGAUCGAGCACAGCACUCCGCAGAAGCUAACCUACACCCAUGGCAACAAUCACAUUCACUACAUCUCCGAGGCACCAUCCGACCAUGGCGAGUAUUCCUCCGCCGGCGGCCUGACAUUUUUGGUUAUUGCGGAGUCCGCCCUUGGCCGCCGCGUGCCCUUCGGCUUCCUGUUCGAGAUUCGCAAGCGCUUCUUCGGUAGCUACCCGGCCGACAGCACCGACUUCGCCGACAUGCCCAACUACGGCGCCGGUAGCUUCAACGGCGAGCUGAAGAACCUGAUGAUCGAGUACGGGACCACCAGCCACGGCAAGGACGAUGCCAUCACUAAUGUGCAGCGCGAGAUUGAUGAUGUCCGCGGCAUCAUGACCCGCAAUAUCGAAGGCCUGCUGGAGAGAGGCGAGCGCAUUGAUCUCCUUGUUGACAAGACCGAUCGCCUGGGCGGGAGCGCGCGUGAGUUUCGGGUCCGUAGUAGGGGCCUGAAACGCAAGAUGUGGUGGAAGAACGUCAAGCUGAUGAGCUUGCUCGGACUGGUGCUGGUCCUGAUCAUCGUCUCGAUUAUUGUGGCCGUGAAGACAUGA